UUUAUUAAUUAAUAAAUAAUCAUUAUUAAUAUAUAAUGAGACAAAUAUAACUUGUAUUUCCCUAAUUUCACUUAUUAGUUAGCUUAAAUAUAUGAAUAAUGAUUAUUUAAUUAAAUAAAAUAUAAUCAAUUGACAGUAGCUUUAUCAGUUAAUCAAGUGGCAAUAACCUAAAGUAUGAACAUUGAUAGUUUGCAAGUUGCUUGUGACUAUGUUAGUAGUAGUGGAUUUAUUCUUAGUGUUGAAAAAAAAACUGCCCUUCAAGCCUCACUUACACUUGUUAAAGACCAGCAAAAGUUUGAAAAAGUCUAUUUUUUAGGGAAGAUUAUCGGCCUUCAAAAUGAUUAUUUUAUAUGUCAAGGUAUUGAAAAUGAUGAAUUAGCCAAUAGAAAAACUUUAUAUAGUGUUGAUUGUGUAAAAUGGGGUCUUAUUCCCAACCCAAAUGAAGAAACACGAAGAAAGUGUUCAAUGAUAAAAGGUCGAUUUAUUGGUGAUCCUUCUUAUAUAUACGAGAAUCCUUCUGAGAAAAAAUCAGAUGAUGAACAUCCAAAUGAUACAUCAAUUAAAGAAGAAGAUCGUUUGGCUGUAACAGUGGAAAAUAUAUACCAUGAUGUUUCUGUUGUUCCUCGUGGUGCAUUUAUUCGUACUUCAUUGGGUCAAGUUCAUAAAAACAAGUUAUUUUCAGGUUUAACACAGGUUGAAGCAAUGAAAUUGUCCUCUUACUUUCAUUUUCGCAAUCCAGUUCUUCUUCAAAAUAAAUCACUUCUGGAAAAGGCUGAUCUCGACAAAGCUCUUGAUUUUCUUGAUCCAAUUGAUGUUGAUAUACCUCAGUGUGGUUCUUGGAGUCUUCAACAAGAACGCGGUGGCGCUGUUAUUGUUUUGAGAAGUUUGCAUUGGUUAGGCUUUACUGCGUACCAUGUACCAGAAACACAAAUAUUCGGUUGUUGUUAUUGUGGCUAUGGAGAGAAGAAUCUCGACUUACCAUUUAUGUUGUAAAAAAAAAAAAUGAAAAAAAGUUAUUUUUUUGUGUAGUAUUAGCAUUAACCUUAUUAUGAA